AUGACCACGGCAGAAGAGGACCCUGGGAGACUUAGCUCAGAUGCUAACACUCCGCGCCUAGAGAACCUAUCAAUACAGGAUCUCAACCUGAUGAUUCUGAAGCUGGAAGAGGAAGUAAAUGAACUGCAAAGCCUAGUUAAUGCUUUGACCAUCGCAACUGAGAGAUUCCAGGAAUCCAAAAAGGCCUUGACUGAACUUGAGAAGAAAAAUAAGGAAGUUCAAGUGCCCCUCACGUCACUAGUCUACGUGCCAGGUAAAUUCUUAAAUUGGUCGAAAAACAUGAAACUUAUAGGCGAAUUGUCGAACCCAGAUAAGGUGUUGGUAUCGGUAGGAACAGGAUACUACAUAGAAAUGGAUCUCAAAAAGGCAGACGACUACUAUGAUAGGAGAAUUCGCACCGUCGAGGAACAGAUGUGUAAGCUUCAAGUAAUACUAUCGGGGAAGGCUAAGCAAAUAAAUCAAACUUAUUCGUACUUGGAUCAGAAAUUGUCGAUGUUGAGGAGCGCUCAACUAGCGUCUCAAUCAGCCACUUAA